AUGAAAUUAAUCCCCGGUAUAUCUGCAUCUUCAGCCGAACAUUCCACGACAGUACCGCCAGAAAUGAAUCCCAGGGAGCCUCGUACGACGGAGGGGCAUUCUCAAGGGCAUGCGGCUAUGGAUGCUAGAGCGUCCAUUUCGCCUACAUCACAUCCUGCCAUGCUAUCGCAGCAUGACGAGGCAACUCGUCGGUAUCACCAUCGGCCCUCAACACCCUCUGCAGGCUCCGUACACCUCGUGCAUUAUGCGACGUCGGCCACUCCACUGCGCAAUGAUACCGCUUCUUCUGUCUCGACACAGGCUACUGCAGCCACUGCAGCUACCUUGGCUUCCUCCGAGACCAACACAACAUCGUACAGUGCCGACACCCCCCCCAGCCUGCACCAGUCUAUUUUCUCUAUAAAAGACGGAUCCGACGUCUCUAACAACCGGCGCGCCAGUAGGAGACGUACUGGUCCUCUUUCCCAACAAUCUCGAGAGCGGGCUGCAUUGAUCAGGAAGCUUGGAGCGUGCAACGAUUGCCGCCGCCGGAGAGUUGCCUGUCAUCCGAGCCAUCACGACAUGACGUGGGAAGAUGUUGUUCAUAAAUUCAAUCGUUCACAUAGUCCUGCAAUGUCAGAUGUUGCGCCAUCAUCGAUACAUAUCGGAGGGUCAACAAGCCCGGUGGCAAUUGUGAGAGAGCCUCCGGUAAUGUCGACAUCGGAUACACAGGAUAUGGAUAUUGACGCCGGGUCGUCUGCGUCCCACCAUGGAAGCCGACUAUCUUUGAGCGACCCACGAAUACGAACGCCUUUGCCAUCGGGCCCAAGACUCGAGAAAUCCCUUUCACUGCCUGGUAUUGAGUCUUUUCGGAAUGACCUUCAGACUACGGCGAAUAUUCUGAUGACGGCCACGAACCGCGGUCGAUAUCUCGACGCCCGAGCCCUGUUGCUAGUAUGGCAAGACGACGAUGAUGCAGCAAACGUACAUGGAGCGACGCGAGAGCUAGCCGAUGUGUUUGAGAAGCAGUACCGCUUCGUUUUUCAAAUACAAACGAUACCUUCAACCGAGUAUGGACUUGCCAAGGAUACUUGGAGAUGGCUGUCGAGAACACUCGACAGAUUUGCAGAGGAGGAUGACCGGCGCGAUGUGUUGAAAAUUGUGUAUUAUGCAGGGCACACAUUUCUGGACGAAAAUAGAGAAAUGUGUCUUGCUAGCCUCGCUUGGGCGAUGCACGUUUACAAAGGCACUGGCGGAACAGCUCAGGAUACGCGCUGGUCGCGCAAAACCGCUCUCGGUCUCUGA